AUGUCCCCAACCGCCCCUGCGAAGCCUGCUGCUGCUGCUCCAGCAGCAGCAGCAGCAGCAGCAAAAGCAAGGGGCCCCCGAGGGGGCCCCUCCGGGGUGUCCCCCAAGGGGCGGCGGCACGAGGGCCCCGAAGAUGAGCAGACACCUGCAGAAGCAGCAGCAGCAGCAGCAAUUGAAGCCAUUGUUGCUGCUGGUGCUGCGCUGCUGCAGAAGAGAGCAGCAGACAGAAACUGCUUCGCUUUUGCUGCUGCUGCAGUAACUCAUUCAAUACUUAAUAUCCUCAGACUCUCUCACAUCACUAUAGACCCAGGCGAGCCAGCAGACCUAAUCAGCACGCCCCAGGGGCCCCCAACGGGGGCCCCUGGGGGCCCCCUGGGGGCCCCAGGGGCCCCCCUGGGGGCCCCAGGGGCCCCCCUGGGGGACCCCACAGGGGCCUCCACAGAACCCCACAGCGAGCUGCCAGAGGCCCCUGGAGGCCCCUCCAUAGGGGAGGCUGGGGGGCCCCCUGGAGGGGCCCUCGUAGAAAGCCCUCAAGGGGCCCCUGGGGGGCCCCCCAGCGAGCCAAACGUGGGGGCCCCUGUGGGGCCCCCUGUGGGGGCCCCUGCGGAGGCCCCUGCGGGGGGCCCCACGAAUGGCCCUGUGGGGGCCCCUAUGGGGGCCCCCAUGAAUGGCCCUACGGGGGCCACCAUGAAUGGCCCUACGGGGGCCCCCGUGGGGGCCCCCGUGGGGGCCCCUGGGGGGCCCCCCGUGGGGGCCCCUGGGGGGCCCCCCGUGGGGGCCCCUGGGGGGGCCCCCUGGGAUGUACCCCCCAUGCCUGUGCAUGGGUGUCAAGACAGCUGGGCCCCCGGCUGCUGCGGCAUUAAGGCUUUGGACCCUUUGCUGCUGCAGCAGCUGGAAGCAGCAGAAAAGAAAAGAGCAGAGUUAGCAGCAAGAAGAUGUGCGCUGCUGCGGAGAAAGGGCACGCUCUUUGCUGCAGUGGCGAAGGGCAAAUCCCCUGCUGCUGCUGCUGCUGCUGCUGCUGCAGCAACUGCGAAAAUCGACGGCCGCGCAGCAGCAGCAGCAGCAGACAAAGGGAAACUCCAAAAGGCUUCAACGGAGAAGAAACAGCUGCCGCAGCAAAAACCAAAGCAGCAGCAGCAGCAGCAGAAACCGAAGCAGCAGCAGCAGCAGCAGCAACAGCAGCAGCAACAGCAGGAGCAGCAACAGCAACAGCAGCAGCAGCAGCAACAAGAGCAACAGCAGCAGCAACAGCAGUUGCAGCAAAGUGAAGACUCAAAGCAAGCAGCAGGGGGCACGCUUGCUGCUGCCAGCAGCAGCGGCUCGUUGGCUGGCAGCUGUAAUCAAAGCAGUUCAAAUUAA